UAUUCAAUCUCCCAGGACUCGCGAUCCGCUUCGAACUGUUCGUCCGUGAAGAAGGGCUUAUCGAUUAAUUCGAUAGCAGUUAAUCCACACAACGGACACUGGGUACCAAUUAUUUCAUUAAUCUCCCAAGUAACCUUCAUGAAACGAGCCUUCCUCUCAUCAGCGAACUUGUCGGUAGCUGUAGGGACUCGGUCAGCAGCUUGGAGCUGCGCAAACAACCUCUUCUCGGUGGCCUCAAGAUCAGCGAGGCGGGCUUUUGAUUCCUACAACGGAGUUCUUGAAUUUGCUUGA